AGAUAUUACCUGGCCGGUGGGCGGAGCUUUGAGGCAAGUGUCCAUAUUUGGAGCGCGCGCGAGCGGAUGGGCGAGGUCACCUGGUUGCGGCUGCGUCACCGCCGAAACUACCUGCUGAAACUCAUUUCCUCCCGUCGACACAGACAAGUUUAAAAUCUUCACGCAGUCGCGGCGCACUUUGGUCUCUCAAAUUGGAAGGAUUACAUUUUUUAUUUUUUAUUCUGCGUCGAAUGGAGACUAAAUGGGACACACGGUUGGGAGUUCUGUUUGUUUUACUGCAGGUCCUUUGCGGUGGAUCUGUGGAGUCGACGCCAUGUUCCCCUGGCUUUGCUUCUGAUCUUUUCCUCCUCAGAGUUCACAGAGAACACCUGCACAAGGGCUCAAGGAUCGGCACAGUUGUUUUCAACGACUGCGGUGGAAGAACACGGACCAUCUUUGACUCUGCUGAUGCGAGGUUUCAUGUAAACUCUGAUGGCACAGUAAAGCUGAAGAGACCGGUCACUCUUCAUGAUGGCCAUAAGAUGUUCUCGAUCCAUGCUUGGGACUCCAGAGGACAGAAACACACUGCGUAUGUGAGAGUGGAACAUCAGGGCCGGGCCGGCCACCAUCAUGGGCAGCAGGAAGAAGAUUGGGCAGUUGAGCCUGUGCAGACUGAAUCCCCCUCAGCUCUCUUAGUUCUGGAGUUUCCAAAAUCAGGUGGGUUGCGGAGGAGAAAAAGAGAGUGGGUGAUUCCUCCAGUCUCAAUCGCAGAGAAUUCAAAAGGCCCUUUCCCCUUGAGGAUGGUGCAGAUUAAGUCCAGUUAUGCCAAAGAAACAAAGAUGGUGUACAGUAUCAGUGGUGAAGGAGCAGACCGGCCUCCAAUGGGACUUUUCACAAUAGACAAAAACACUGGAGAGCUCUAUGUGUCAAGGCCUCUAGACAGGGAAGAAAAAGAUCAAUAUGAGCUGCAAGCCCUUGCUAGAUCAGCUACUGAUUCGAACAUUGGAGAACCUCCCAUGGAAGUUAUAGUCGUAGUGACGGACCAGAAUGAUAACCAUCCUAUCUUCACCCAAAAUCCAUUCAUCGGGAGUGUACCAGAAGCUUCAAAAAUAGGAUUCGAGUUCAUGACCGUCACUGCCACUGAUGCAGACGAUCCAAACACCUACAACGCUGAUGUCAGGUACUCCAUCAUCAGUCAGAUUCCAACAAAUCCAAGUCCAAACAUGUUUGCGAUCAACCCGAUCACUGGAGCGAUUCGAGUGAAUGCUGAUGGCCUGGACAGAGAGGUAAAUCCUGAAUAUACUUUGGAGAUUCAAGCAGCAGAUAUGCAGGGGGAUGGCCGCCCAGUAAUCGGAAAAGCUAUAAUUACUGUAACAGACAGCAACGACAAUGCACCUCAAUUUCUGAAAAACUUGUACAAUGUGUCUGUCCCAGAGGAUAAAGUGGGAGCUUUGGUGGUGAAAAUGUCAGUGACUGACAAUGAUGAACCACAGUCAUCUGCCUGGGCAGCAAAGUUUAAGAUUGUUAGUGGAAACAGUGGUGGACUUUUCAACAUUAGCACAGGACCAAACAAACAAGAGGGCAUCAUUACUACUGUGAAGCCAUUGGACUUUGAGAACAACAACAAAUACACACUGCUAGUAGCUGUGGAAAACGAGGUUCCAUUUGCUAAACCUUUGCCUACUUCUACUGCCACGGUCAUUGUAAAUGUUAUCGACGUGAACGAGGCUCCAGUGUUCGACCCAGUGGAGAAGUUCAUUUCCAAACCGGAAGAUGCAGCGAUUGAUAGUGAACUGACCGUGUACACUGCCACUGAUCCGGACACUGGGAAGUCCCAGAAAGUGACGUAUCGUAUAGGCAGUGAUCCUGCUGGCUGGCUUAAAAUUGUAAACCCUGACAUUGGACGAAUCACAGUCAGGAGUCUUUUGGACAGAGAAUCUCCUUAUGUGAAAGAUGGCAAAUACAGAGCCCUAAUCCUAGCUGUGGAUAAUGAUGACCUUCCAGCAACUGGUACUGGUACCCUUGUAAUUGAGUUGCAGGAUGUGAACGAUAAUGGUCCAAUAAUUGAAGACCGGGUCAUCAAAAUAUGUAAUAAGGAUUCAUCUCCACUGGUCCUGUCUGUGACUGAUAAGGAUGGGCCUGGCUUUGGUGCUCCUUUUAGUGUGUUGCUGCAAGGAGAUGGCAAGAACAAUUGGACUGCCAGGAUGAACGAUACAAAAACAGGGAUUAUACUUUCACUUAAGACUCCACUCGAGCAGGGAGAGUACAAUAUUAUUCUGAGGGUGUUCGACAACAGCCAACUCUCCCAAGACAACACUGUCCAGGCCACUGUAUGCGACUGCACAGGAGAUGAAGCAUUAUGCUCGGACAAAUCCGUAGCAGGAUUUGGCCUCUCCGGGGUGCUUGGAAUUUUGGGGGCUAUUUUGGCUCUGUUGUUGCUGGUCCUCCUGCUGCUUCUGUUCCUUCGAAGAAAAGGCACCAAGAAGGAGCAGCCCCUCAUCAAUGAUGAUGAUAUUCGUGACAACGUGUACUAUUAUGAUGAAGAGGGUGGUGGAGAGGAUGAUCAGGACUACGACCUAAGUGUUCUGCACAGGGGCCUCGACAACCGCCCUGAUGUGUUCCGUAAUGAUGUGGUUCCCACCUUUAUGCCUGCUCCACAAUAUCGGCCACGGCCUGCAAACCCAGAGGAGAUUGGCACCUUCAUUGAUGAUAACUUGAAGGCGGCGGAUAAUGACCCCACAGCUCCCCCCUAUGAUUCCCUGCUGGUGUUUGAUUAUGAGGGUGGUGGAUCAGAGGCAGGAUCCCUCAGCUCCCUGAACUCCUCCAGCUCUGGUGAUCAGGACUAUGACCGUCUCAGUGAGUGGGGACCACGCUUCAAGAAACUUGCUGAUAUGUAUGGAGGUGGAGAGGAUGAUUAAGGACUGGGAAAGUCUGGUGAGGCAUGAAGCACAAGGAUGGAUGUAAAUAUGGGACAGUUUUAGUUUCCAUGUUAGCUUGUGAGUAAAAUUGGAACAGCACUGGUCAAAAGCCAUCGCUGAAAGAAUUGCAUUUUUUUUUUGUGGAUCAUUUAUUAUUGGAUGACCUUUACUGCAUGGUUUUCAAAGCACUGAGGUACAAUGUUUAACCAUCAAUAAAGUUUCAUGAAGUGUUAGUACCCCAUUUGGUUUUUAAUGGUUUUUAGAUAAUAAAAAUAUUUGUCAUGCCAUGUAACUUGUUCUUUCUGUAUAGACUUUGUUGUAUGUAUGCGUUUCACUUUUUUUAUAUAAAAUUUUAUAUACUGUGUA